AUGCCAACCUCUCCAUAUGAUACCUACAAGAGGGUCAUGUCAGCCUUUUUGGCCGCUCUAUUUAUAUAUGCUACAGCAUCGGUGGCUGAGGUUAUACUCCGGACCCAGAACUCAGUUUACCACGGACUUGUCGGCAACAUCCGCCUCUUUGCUAGCGCCGUUGCUACAGUUUUCCUUCUGGUGGUUCUUGCCCCAGUUUUGGCGUACUGCAUUUCUGUUCUAUGGACUUGUUUACUUGUGACAUUAGCAUAUGAAUCAUGUCAAGAAUUCUACCAAUUGCUAUGCCAAACAUAUACUGACGUGUUGAAAAAGCUAUCAGAAAGUGCGAGGAGCAGCAAAGAGCUUGUCAGCAGAAAGUGGAGGUCCCUAAAAAGUCCUGAGACAGAUUAG